AUGGCAUCCAAAGCUCGCCAUGACCUAGCGGAAGUCUCUUUUGAUGAGAUUCCCCUAGGGCAGGGGUCAAAUUCCAGCCAUGAGGACAUCUUUUCCGAUCUGUCGGCCCGCAUCCCCAGCCUACAGCCACUGUCAUCGGGGGCUAGAGCAGCUACUAGGGCGGAGCGAAAGAUGUCACUGCUCACCGGCUGUCGACUUUACCCAAAGGCAAUUGCAUGGUCAAUUGUCCUCUCGUCAACGAUUAUUAUGGAAGGCUACGACACGACACUCCUCGUCAGUUUCUUUACAUUCCCAGUCUUUAAACAAAAAUAUGGGGCCCCAGACCCAUCUCAGCCGGGAAAUUUUGAGAUUUCCUCCAAGUGGCAAUCAAGCCUGACUUCUGCAGCUGUGGUAGGCCAAAUCAUCGGGUUGUUUUUGAACGGCUUCCUCGCAGACCGGUUCGGCUAUCGUCGGACGAUACUGGUAGCAUUGGUCUCCCUGUGUUUGUUUAUAUUCCUGCCUUUUUUCGCCGUGAAUGUCCAGAUGUUCUUAGCUGGCCAGGUCCUAUGCGGGAUUCCGUGGGGAAUCUUUCAGACCUUAGCCACAACGUAUGCGGCAGAGGUCAUGCCAGUUGCACUCCGAGCAUAUAUUCUGAGCAGUAUGAACAUAUGUUGGUUGAUUGGGCAGCUCUGCGCUGUUGGAGUAGUUCGCAGUCAAGCAGGCAAAGGAACGGAGUGGGCAUACCGCUUGCCACUCGCCUUGCAAUGGGCCUUGGCCGUUCCGAUUAUAAUCGGGGUUUAUUUCGCACCUGAGUCCCCAGGGUGGCUGAUUCGCAAUGAGCGACCAGAGGAAGCCAGAAGAACAUUACUACGCCUUACCACAGCAGACAAAGAUGAUUUUAACGUUGACGAGGUAGUAGCGAUGAUGACACAUACCAAUGAGACAGAGAAAUAUCUGGGCAAUGGUCAAAUUACAUACUUGGACUGCUUUAAAGGGAUUAAUCUCCGACGAACGGAGAUUGCCUGCAUGAUUUGGAUUACACAACAAGCUUCGUUCUCCAGCUCGGGGACUUACGCAGCAUAUUUUUAUCAACAAGCCGGUCUCAGCGUCCAAAAUUCCUUCUCCCUUGCUAUCGGUAUGUACGGCAUAGCUAUAGUUGGGGCGAUGCUGUCGUGGUUCUGGAUGAGACGAACCGGGCGUCGUAGGAUAUACCUCAUUGGGCUCGCAGUCUCAAUGGCUAUUCUCACCAUUGCAGGUGGUAUUGGAUUUCUACCUACCACAAAUGCCCAGUCAUGGGCUCUUGGGGGCCUAAUUACCUUCCUCACGUUCAUUUACAACCUCAGCAUUGGGCCUAUAUGUUAUGUCCUCGUUGCAGAGAUCCCUUGCACACGGCUGCGAAUCAAGACUGUGAUCCUUGCCCGUAUAGUCUAUAAUGUGGCUUCUAUCGUGACCAAUGUUAUUACCCCACGAAUGUUGAAUCCUACAGCCUGGAACUGGAAGGGCAAGUCGUGCUUCUUUUUUCUGGGAUUUAGCGCCGUGUGUUUCGUUUGGUGCUACCUGCGACUCCCAGAGACAUUCGGGUUAAGUUACUUGGAGAUUGAUAUCCUGUUUGAAAAGAGGGCCAAAGCCAGCAAGUUCCGAGAGCUUCAACGGCAACUAGCGAAUAGAGGGUAUUUCAGCGUGCCGGAUGAGGUUCAAAGGCAGCCCGCUAUGUGGUGA